CUUUGACUCCAUUAGUUGUACGAUAUCCUAUAUUAGCAUCUUCUGAAAAUUCAAACAAAUGAGCACACGCUCAUCAUAUUUACUUUAAUAGCGUUCAAACACAAAAUAUUUUAUUUAGAAGUGAUGAUAUUACCUAGGGUUCAUACACAAAAAAUUUGAUUUGGAGAGGGAUUAGGGUUUGAACACAAAAUUGUGGAGAGGAGUGACAUACUCAAUUUAUAUUCAAAUCGAAUCGAAAACGAAAGAUCAUUCCAUUUAGACUAAUCCCCGUCGAAAACAACUUCUCUCACAAUUUUUAUUUUUUUCAUAAAUUUUUUGAGUAGAAGUACAGUUAUCAAAUGGAACAAACAAUCUUAAUUCGGAUCCUUCAGCCCUUUAGAGCUCACAGUAUGACCCGACCCACAAACCAAGGGUCCAGAUGAAAUCAAAUGGCUAAUCAGAGCAUAUGAAUUUCUUCGUCAUCAUCGCCUUCAUCCUCCCUGUAAACUCACUAUAACUCAAUUCUAGAGAGAGAAAGAGAGAGAGAGAUGGGGACCGAUGUCCUCCUACAAGUGGCGAUCCUCCUGCUAACCCUAGGCAUCUUCUUCGCACUGCACAACUUUCCCAAACAAGCCCUAACCAAACUCCGAACCAAGGGCCGAUCCACCACCCAAGCCCACCGCCACUUCUUCCAGGGGGCCCACCUCCUGGCCCGAGCCCGAUCCACCCGCAACCGGACCACCUCCCUCAACCUCGCCAGAGACGCCGCCGGCGAGGCCCAAAAGGCGCUGACCCUCGAGCCCAAGGACGCCGCGGCCCACAUCCUCAAGGCCCUGGCCCACGAUCUGAUGGGCCACCGGACCUCCGCCCUCAGAUCGCUCGACACCGCCCUGUCUCCGCCGGCCGUGAAGUCGCUUUCGGAGAGGGAGCGAGGAGAUGCGCUGUUCAAGAGGGCGGAGCUGCAGGUGGCGGUGAAUCGGAGGCGGCGGGUCGACUCGGCGGUGGCGGACCUGGUGGAGGCGGUGAGGCUGAGCUCGGAUAACGCGAAGGCGUUCUGCUUGUUGGGUGAGUGUUACGAAUUGAAGGGGAUGAGAGAGGAGGCGAGGACGGCGUUCGAGGAGGCCAUACGGGUCGAACCCGAUUUGGUCGCGGCUCGUCAAGGGUUGGACCGCUUGGGUUCGUGAAAUACCUUUGCUGUUGCUUGAGUGAGACUUUGUAAUUGACUUUAAUUAAUAGACCACAAAAGUUAAUAUCUAUACAUAUAUAUUUUUUUGGGAAUGUUAAGUAAA